AAAAUAAGAAUAAAACUCGCUGCAGUUGCAGACAGAAGAGAGCGAAGGAAAGUUUUCUCUUCUCAUUGGAACCGCAAGCUGCUGUUAAAGCUCUCUCUAUCUCCUACCACACCACAGCACAAGACACGCUCAGUGCGUAGCCUCACACUCUCAGCUCUCCAUUCAAUCCAACACCUUCCCAUAAUUACAUUUAAAUUCACUCCAAUACUUCACAAACAAAAAAUUAAGCCGUCUUGUACUUUUUGCUUUUGAUAUCAUCUCCGAUUUCUCCAAUCAACCUCUCUCGAUCGUCGGUGGUGGUUGUUUUGGGGCAUGGCACUUCCUGCGGCAGUUGUCAUCGUGCCACUGGGACUUCUCUUCUUCUUGUCUGGCCUUAUUAUUAAUUUCAUUCAGGCUAUCUGCUUUGUUCUUAUUCGGCCCUUGUCUAAGAAUACAUACAGAACGAUCAAUAGAGCUUUGGUGGAGUUCUUGUGGCUGGAACUUAUAUGGGUUGUUGAUUGGUGGGCGGGAGUUAAGGUUCAAUUGUUUACAGAUCGUGAUACCCUCCGUUUAUUGGGCAAAGAACAUGCACUUGUCAUAUGCAACCACAGAAGUGACAUUGAUUGGCUUGUUGGAUGGGUUUUAGCUCAGAGGGCAGGAUGCCUUGGCAGUGCAGUAGCUGUCAUGAAGAAAUCAUCAAAAGUCCUUCCGGUAAUAGGUUGGUCCAUGUGGUUUUCUGAAUACCUCUUUCUGGAAAGAAGUUGGGCCAAGGAUGAAAACACUUUAAAGUCAGGUCUCCUACGGCUAAAAGACUUCCCUCGACCCUUUUGGUUGGCUCUUUUUGUUGAAGGAACUCGUUUUACACAGGCAAAACUUUUAGCAGCUCAAGAAUAUGCAGCCUCAGCAGGGCUCCCUAUUCCUAGAAAUGUUUUGAUUCCUCGUACUAAGGGUUUUGUUUCAGCAGUGAGUCAUAUGCGCUCAUUUGUUCCAGCCGUUUAUGAUAUAACAUUAGCCAUCCCCAAAAGUUCUCCUCAACCUACAAUGCUCAGGCUCUUCAAGGGUCAAUCCUCAGUGGUACACGUGCACCUAAAGCGACAUUUGAUGAAGGAUCUACCUGAAUCAGAUGAUGCUGUUGCACAAUGGUGUAGAGAUGUAUUUGUUGCAAAGGAUGCAUUAUUGGACAAGCAUACCAUUGAGGAUACAUUCAGUGACCUAGAACUGCAAGAUCUUGGCCGGCCAAUCAAGUCCCUGGUGGUUGUUACGUUCUGGGCUUGCUUGCUUGUUUUUGGGGUCUUGAAGUUCCUCCAGCGGUCUUCACUUUUGUCAUCAUGGAAGGGUAUUGUGAUAUCAUCAUCUGCACUGGCUGUGAUUACUGUCCUUAUGCAUAUAUUGAUUCGAUUCACUCAGUCAGAGCAUUCGACGCCUGCCAAGGUUGUCCCGGCAAAGCCCAAGAAUGCGGUAGAGCCAUCGGAAACAGGACAAGAAAAACAACAAUAAGACACAUUCUGUUGGUUAAAUCUAACAUAUAUUAAUAACUACAUUAGAGUCCUUUUUGUGAUGAUACAUUUAGUGUCUGCAACUUGUGUGUUUUCAUUUUAGACUAGUUUGAUCAGUAAUAUCUUUAAUUUUGUAA